CGCAAAGCGGCCGCCAUCUUAACCAAUGAUUCCACGGGAGUGGGUGGAACUUCCUGCAGUGCGGCGAGUUUACUUUCCUCCCCCCGGAGCGCUACCGCCUGACGACCAUCAUCCUUUGCCGACACUAUGGGCUUUUCUUCAUAUAAAUAAUCGGAGCCGCGACGGCGGCGGGCGGCGCUUUGGGGGUGGAAAGCGGCGGAGGAGGAGGCGGUGCGGGGACAGCUUGCGGCCCGAGAUUGCGCGGUGGCGGCAGUGCUUGUGGUGCGGCUCCUGUCAUGAGUCCGGCCGGGUGCUCCCAUGUGAACAGUUUUAAGGCGGACAAUUGGAAGCAGAGCCUGCGAGUAAUUUACCAGUGCUUUGUGUGGAGUGGGACUGCAGAGAGCAGGAAAAGGAAGGCAAAAUCCUGCAUUUGCCACAUGUGUGGCGCUCACCUCAAUCGACUUCAUUCCUGCCUUUAUUGUGUCUUUUUUGGUUGUUUCACCAAGAAACACAUUCACGAGCACGCAAAGUCCAAGCGCCACAACUUAGCCAUAGACCUCUUGUAUGGAGGUAUAUAUUGUUUUAUGUGUCAAGAUUAUAUAUAUGAUAAAGACAUGGAACAAAUUGCCAAAGAAGAACAAAGAAAAGCAUGGAAGUUGCAAGGGGUUGGUGAAAAGUAUUCAACGUGGGAACCAACAAAAAGAGAAUUGGAGUUACUACGGCAUAAUCCCAAACGCAGGAAGAUAACUACAAAUUGUACCAUCGGUCUCAGAGGCCUAAUAAAUCUAGGGAACACCUGCUUCAUGAACUGCAUUGUCCAGGCACUUACCCACACUCCACUACUCCGGGAUUUUUUCCUUUCUGACCGACACAAAUGUGAAAUGCAAAGUCCCAAUUGCUGUCUGGUUUGUGAAAUGUCUAGGCUAUUUCAGGAGUUUUACUCUGGUUACCGCUCACCACAUAUUCCAUAUAGGUUAUUGCAUCUGGUUUGGACACAUGCACGGCAUUUAGCAGGGUACGAGCAGCAGGAUGCACAUGAGUUUCUGAUUGCUGCACUAGAUGUUCUACAUAGGCACUGCAAAGGUGACGAUAAUGGGAAGAAAGCCAGUAAUCCAAACCACUGUAACUGCAUUAUUGACCAAAUCUUCACUGGAGGACUGCAGUCUGACGUCACUUGCCAAGUCUGCCACGGUGUCUCCACUACAAUAGAUCCUUUCUGGGACAUCAGCCUGGACUUACCUGGGUCUUCUACGCCAUUCUGGCCCUUAAGUCCAGGCUCUGAUGGGAAUGUUGUGAAUGGAGAAAGCCAUAUGUCCUCUGGAACUACCACACUUACAGACUGUCUACGAAGGUUUACAAGACCUGAGCAUCUUGGAAGCAGUGCCAAAAUAAAAUGUAGUGGUUGCCAUAGUUAUCAAGAGUCAACAAAACAGCUUACAAUGAAGAAACUUCCCAUAGUGGCUUGUUUUCAUCUCAAACGUUUUGAACACUCGGCUAAGUUACGGCGAAAGAUCACUACAUACGUCUCUUUUCCACUGGAGCUGGACAUGACACCAUUUAUGGCUUCCAGUAAAGAGAGCAGGAUGAACGGACAGUACCAACAGCCUGUGGAUAGUCUAAACAAUGACAAUAAAGUCCUAUGUGAACACAGGCUGAGAGAGAUGCAUCUUGUGUGUAUGUGUGGGCAUGACAUCAUAACUGGCAAGCAACCCAAUCACAAGUAUUCGCUGUUUGCAGUAGUCAAUCAUCAGGGAACACUGGAGAGUGGGCACUAUACCAGCUUCAUUCGACAACACAAGGACCAGUGGUUUAAGUGUGAUGAUGCAAUUAUCACCAAGGCUAGCAUAAAAGAUGUGCUAGACAGUGAAGGGUAUCUCUUGUUUUAUCACAAACAGUUCCUUGAAUACGAAUAGCCUUAUCAGACUGGGGGAAGCCUUCAGAACGAUACACAACCUACCUGAAACUCUAAGUACUGUCAGCACUGAGUGAACCUACUUGACACUGAUUUUGGUCUGAAGCAGUGAGACUGAACACCUGAUGGAAUGAGAUGGGAGGAGGCAUGGGUCAUCCUCGCAGCUGCAGCCCGCAUGUCCGCAGGGAGGGGGGGGGGGAGGGUGCACAUCUCAGCUUCUGUUUCCAUGGUGCUUGAGCUCCAGCCGACCAAGUGUACAACAACAAUGACAAACCAACCCAUUACUAUGCGAUGGGUCUGAGAGCAAAUGGAUGGUAUUAUUGACUUGCAGAUACAUUUCUGUGGAUUUAGAUAUUGAGUACUGUAUGAAACUAGUGGGCAUCUAUUUUCAGAAAAUGGCCAUUAAAACUGAAUGCAGUACUGAGACAGGUUUUCAGUAUGUACGCAUUGCCAGAGGACUGCAGAUUGAUGCAACCCAACAGAUCUCUAUAUCGGGCCCAGGUUUGUUUGCAUUCUAGCUGUGUUCUAAUUUUUUUUUCCCUGUCAGAGCAAGAUUCAGAGCAGCUGUGCCGUAAUGAAACUGUACUGAACUUAGUAUUUGUUUAUUGUACAAACUCUCGUGUUUCGAGAUGGCCUUACAUCACUGAGUGGUGGAAAAGUCUGUGUUCAUGUCUUAAAAUACACACACGCACACACCACACACACAUGCACAUUUGCAGUUUGAAUAAUGGCCACAGUGACUGCUCUUGAUUCUUCCCCUUGAUUUAUUUUUUAAGUUAUGCAGUCUGGGGUAUAUCAGUAGAUCAAUGUUUGGGAGCUUUUGCUGUUUUGUCAGAAAGCACGAUCCAUAUGGCAGUCCUAGUGGCCUUCAUUGAACGAAACAACGUGAUCAGACCAGAGAGCCUAAGAUGAGGGAAUGCCGAUGAAACACAGCCUAUUCUGUUCACUUUUAAGAUUUGAUUCCGUUUUGGUUGCUUUUGGAAUGAUGAUUCACAAGUAAUUGAAUAUUCCAUGCGUAUAUCUCGAGUAAGAUAGUAUGUUUGAGAGCAGCAGCUGCUGGAUAAAUUGUUCCACAGUAGCUGGUCCUGUUCAUUUUAGAAUGCCACACACUGAGAAUUGAAGACAAAAAUUAAUAAUUUUUGAGAUUAAUGAAAAUUCAUAAAACAGAAGGUUUAGGAAAUUAUAAUUUGUUUAGUAUGAUCAGCAAGCUUCCUGUUGACUCUGAACAGUUCUUCAGUACGCCAUUGGUAAUGUAUCCCAAGGCAUUGUUAUCCUUAUUGUACCAAAUGUCUGAAUAUCCUGUUGAUUUAGCAACUUGAGGCAGAAAUGCUUUGUUUUCCAUUACUCGCAAGAAGAUAGUUUGCUUUUUAAAUGUUGCAGUGUUCUUCUGAUCUACAAUCUUGAUAAAACACCAUGAGUAGAAGAUUGAACAGUCAUUGAAAUUUUCAAGGACACAUGGUAUCUCUUUUCCAGUAGCUAUAGCUCUCUGUAUUGUGAUGGCAUUCUCAAUAGCCACUAAUUGUCAAAAAAUUAGUGUCAAGAAAUGCAAGGCUCUGUGAAACUCUCUAAUUUCAGCUUCUAGCAGUUCUGUUCAUUCAUGUUAGCCAAAGUCAACUUUUCUCUUCUUAAAAAGUUAAUAUUUUUGAGCUUCAAUAGCUGGAAGUUCAAUAAGCUUCCACCAAGCUUCAUCCAACCAACACGAGCAGUUCAAGAGCAGUUCCAGCUUCCUGUACAUUUUUCUUAAUUAUUUGCUUUUCUUGAUAGACGGAGGACAGGCAACAAUCAUAAUUUGUUUUUCUUGUUUAUUUUGAGAAUGUGUAGCUGCAAUUGUCCCAAUUUUUUUUAAAGUUAGCAUAUUUUAUUUCUAAAUUUGGCUCUGAUUUAUUUUGGUUCUAGUGUGCAUGUUUUCAAUUUCAUCAAACUCACUGCAGUUUGUCCUUGUUGAAAUGUUGAGUUUUUUUGUCAAUUCAUUGCACUUUAUUUUAAUAUUCUUGAAGUUUGGUCGUGGGAUCUUCUAGAUUAUCUUUGCAGGAAUCAUUGAUAUUUUCUAGUUAGAAUCCUUUGUACUUGAACUGAAUUUGCUUGGGCUGUAUAACCUGCUCCAAGCAGUUUGAUCCCUUCUUUACUUAUGUUUGUGCCAUUUGUGUUGCCUUUAUGGUGUCGAUAGAAAAUUUUAAUUACUUGUUUACAGACCUGGAGAUUGAGCCAGUUGUUUUUUCAGGGUUGUCUGAAGAUUAUUCUCAAAGGAGGGAUAUGGCAAAUGACAUUUGGAUCUCCAGUGCAUGACAAGUGAACCUAUGCAACAGGAAAUCCAUUAUCCCCAAAUAAGGCUGCAUUCAGACUAUGGAAACAUAUUUUAAUUAUCCUAAUUUUAAUGCUGUCAUACCACUUAACCUUCCAGUGGUGUCAUUACUGCAGUUGAGCACUGCCUCUCUGUUUUUUCUUGUCAUCGAAGUAAGGUUUCACAGUGCCUUGCAUGACUCUAGACAGACCACUCUCAGCUCUGAAUAUCAGUGGGCAGAAAAAGUUUUUGAAAGCUGUGUUUCAUUUGUGUUUCUUCUUUUCAGAUGGGCCUUCUAAGUAUUGGGUUUUCUUGUAACUGCAGUGAAGUGUAGAACCUGUGCUGUUUACAUGUAGGUGAAUGCGGUGUAAGUACCAUGUGGGCAUUUCAAAUGCCAGCCCCUGUGUAUAGUGCAGUGUGGCAGAAACUAAGUAUUUGGGUAUGGCAUGUGGAAUGUCUACACGGCAGUGUAAGCUACAUUUUGAGAAUUGUUUUCUCUGUGCAUUUGAAGUCAAGUGACAAAAUCCCCACUAUUGUGGUAAGAUAUGUUCCCUACAAACAUUCCCAUCUGUACUUUUUAAAUGUUACUGUGAAGUUGUACAAUCAAUGAUUUAUACAACAAAGAUUAAAAAGGUUACAGAUUUCAUGCACACAUUUGCCUGAAAUGAUGAUGUAAUAGCUAAUGACUGUCAACUAACUUAGACCUGAAAGCAAAGACAGGAUUACAAUUUUUAUAGUUUUGAUAGUCCUGCUAUCAUUCAAGGACAGCUGCUAACUAUUAGCUACAACAUCAUCCAUUCUGGUAAUAAGGUUACAGAACCUCCAAAGCUGUCAUUGCCAGUGAUUUAAUUUUUAAACCCAAAAAGGAGAGUUCCUAAUCAUUGAUCUUCAGUCCUGCAAUUGUGCAAAAGUCUCAAGCGUGUCACUUGGUCUUCAGAAUGUCAGUCAGUCCUGCAAUGACUGACUCUCAUUCAACUUCAACUGAUGUGUAGUUCACCGUAGCAGAAUGGAUUUAAAAGCAAGAGGAAAGUGAAAACAUCCAACUGUAAUAUGGACUGCUUUCACACACCUUGCCCUCAAGAGGCUGAUAACAAAAGAAUAGCCUCAGCAGUUUAUAGGAGAUGUGCUCAGUUCAUGAGCUUGGAUAAUCACAGUGCAUUUUGGGAGUUGUUGUCCUUUUUUUUAUUUGUGGGUCUUAGUGUUCGAUAUACAAAAGCUGCUUAAAUGAAACUGUUUCCCGGAAUGCCAGGUGGUUCAAGUGUAUCCCAUGUUAAGGGUCAUUUGUUAAUGCACUGUCCUCAGUAUGAAAUGUAAGGACUCCCAUUUAAUAUCCUCCGGACAGGGUAAUG